CUGUCGUGUCGCUGCUGGCCCUUCAGGCUCUGGCCUUUGUUCUUGUAGCAGUUCAACAUCCUUUAAGCGUAUUAUUUUUACCCUGUGUCUCUUCCCACAUUUUUCUUGGCCCCUCCCCCUAGGUCUGGAUGGAGGAUAACUUAAAGUGAAAUGACAGACCAGGAGAAUAACAACAACAUCUCAAGUAACCCCUUUGCUGCUCUUUUUGGCUCCCUGGCUGAUGCCAAGCAGUUUGCAGCAAUCCAAAAAGAGCAGCUGAAGCAGCAAUCUGAUGAACUCCCAGCUAGCCCAGAUGACUCGGAUAACAGUGUGUCAGAGAGCCUGGAUGAAUUUGAUUACUCUGUGGCCGAGAUUAGCCGCUCAUUCCGAUCACAACAGGAAAUAUGUGAGCAACUCAACAUCAAUCACAUGAUCCAAAGAAUCUUCCUCAUUACUCUGGACAACAGUGAUCCAAGCUUGAAAAGUGGGAAUGGUAUCCCCAGCCGUUGUGUGUAUUUGGAAGAAAUGGCAGUAGAACUGGAAGAUCAAGAUUGGCUUGAUAUGAGCAAUGUUGAGCAGGCCAUCUUUGCUCGCCUGUUACUUCAAGAUCCAGGCAACCACUUGAUUAACAUGACUUCUUCCACAACGUUAAAUCUCUCUGCUGAUCGCGAUGCAGGGGAGAGGCACAUAUUUUGUUACCUGUAUUCUUGCUUCCAAAGAGCCAAGGAGGAGAUUACCAAAGUCCCAGAGAACUUGCUACCUUUUGCAGUGCAGUGCAGGAACCUCACUGUGUCUAAUACCCGGACAAUUCUCCUGACCCCAGAGAUCUAUGUUGACCAAAACAUCCAUGAGCAGCUGGUAGAGUUGAUGUUGGAAGCCAUCCAAGGAGCCCAUUUUGAAGAUGUAACUGAGUUUCUAGAGGAGGUCAUUCAAGCCUUGAUACUGGAUGAAGAAGUUCGAACAUUUCCAGAGGUCAUGAUUCCAGUGUUUGAUAUUUUAUUGGGUCGAAUCAAAGAUCUGGAGCUCUGCCAGAUCCUCUUGUAUGCAUACCUGGAUAUUCUUCUCUAUUUCACCAGGCAAAAGGACAUGGCAAAGGUUUUUGUAGAAUACAUUCAACCCAAGGACCCUAGCAAUGGGCAGAUGUACCAGAAGACCUUGCUAGGAGUAAUUCUGAAUAUUUCCUGCUUAUUAAAGACUCCAGGUGUGGUAGAAAAUCAUGGCUACUUCCUGAAUCCAUCCCGGUCCAGUCCUCAGGAGAUCAAAGUCCAGGAGGCCAACAUCCAUCAGUUCAUGGCUCAGUUCCAUGAAAAGAUCUACCAGAUGCUGAAGAACUUACUCCAGCUCUCUCCAGAAACCAAACACUGUAUCUUGUCCUGGCUCGGAAACUGUUUGCAUGCAAAUGCAGGCCGCACCAAGAUUUGGGCCAAUCAGAUGCCAGAGAUCUUCCUCCAAAUGCAUGCCUCGGAUGCCUUCUUUCUGAACCUGGGCGCUGCCCUCCUGAAGCUGUGCCAGCCUUUUUGCAAACCCAGAUCCUCUCGGCUCCUCACCUUCAAUCCCACUUACUGUGCCCUGAAGGAGUUGAAUGACGAAGAACGAAAAAUUAAAAAUGUACACAUGAGAGGUUUGGACAAAGAAACCUGUUUGAUCCCAGCUGUGCAGGAACCAAAGUUUCCCCAGAACUACAACCUUGUGACAGAGAACCUUGCCCUGACAGAAUACACCUUGUACUUGGGAUUUCACAGGUUGCAUGAUCAGAUGGUCAAAAUCAACCAGAACCUGCAUCGGCUACAGGUCGCCUGGCGGGAUGCCCAGCAAAGCUCUAGCCCUGCUGCUGACAGUCUCCGUGAGCAGUUUGAGCGGCUGAUGACCAUCUAUCUUUCUACCAAGACGGCCAUGACUGAGCCACAGAUGCUGCAGAAUUGCCUCAAUUUACAGGUGUCCAUGGCUGUUUUGUUGGUUCAGCUGGCCAUAGGCAAUGAGGGCUCACAGCCUGUAGAGCUGACUUUUCCUUUGCCAGAUGGCUACAACUCUCUGGCUUAUGUGCCAGAAUUUUUUGCAGAUAACCUUGGUGAUUUCCUCAUUUUUCUCCGCCGCUUUGCUGAUGACAUCUUGGAGACAUCAGCAGAUUCCCUGGAGCAUGUCCUUCACUUUAUCACCAUUUUCACUGGAAGCAUAGAAAGAAUGAAGAAUCCCCAUCUAAGGGCCAAACUAGCUGAGGUGUUGGAAGCAGUGAUGCCCCAUCUGGACCAGACCCCAAACCCCCUGGUAUCCAGUGUGUUCCAUCGGAAACGUGUGUUCUGCAACUUUGCACACGCACCUCAACUUGCGGAAGCACUAAUCAAGGUUUUUGUGGACAUUGAGUUUACAGGAGACCCUCAUCAGUUUGAACAGAAGUUUAAUUAUCGCCGUCCCAUGUAUCCCAUCCUAAGAUACAUGUGGGGGACAGAUAACUAUCGGGAGAGCAUUAAGGAUUUGGCUGACUACGCCUCUAAGAAUUUAGAAGCCAUGAAUCCCCCACUUUUCCUUCGCUUUCUUAACCUACUAAUGAACGAUGCCAUCUUCCUUUUGGAUGAAGCCAUACAGUAUUUAAGCAAGAUAAAGAUUCAGCAGAUCGAGAAGGACCGAGGUGAAUGGGAUGGUCUGACUCCAGAGGCCCGCCGAGAGAAGGAGGCUGGCCUGCAGAUGUUUGGGCAGCUGGCACGUUUCCAUAACAUCAUGUCCAAUGAAACAAUCGGUACCCUGGCCUUCCUGACAUCAGAGAUCAAAUCACUUUUUGUGCAUCCCUUCCUGGCUGAGCGCAUCAUCUCCAUGCUGAACUAUUUCCUGCAGCACCUGGUGGGCCCCAAGAUGGGCGCCUUGAAAGUCAAGGACUUCAGUGAAUUUGACUUCAAACCCCAGCAGCUCGUAUCAGACAUCUGCACUAUCUACUUAAAUCUCGGGGAUGAGGAGAAUUUCUGUGCCACCGUGCCCAAGGAUGGACGAUCCUAUUCCCCAACUCUCUUUGCACAAACAGUCCGAGUCCUGAAGAAAAUAAAUAAACCAGGGAAUAUGAUUGUGGCUUUUAGCAACUUGGCAGAGAGAAUCAAGUCGCUUGCAGACCUGCAGCAGCAGGAAGAGGAGACCUACGCCGACGCCUGUGACGAGUUCCUGGACCCCAUCAUGAGCACACUGAUGUCGGACCCUGUGGUGCUGCCAUCCUCCAGAGUCACCGUGGACCGGUCCACCAUCGCCAGACACUUACUGAGUGACCAAACAGAUCCCUUUAACCGUAGUCCCCUCACCAUGGACCAGAUCCGGCCAAAUACAGAACUAAAGGAAAAAAUCCAACGGUGGCUCGCAGAGAGGAAGCAGCAACAAAAGGAGCAGCUUGAAUAAAUACUGUGAACUAAACAAGCCAGAACCAACCCUGGAGUGCAGAUAAACAAUUGUUUGUGGUUUCUCUUUCUAGUUCUGUUCCUUUCCUUUUUCUUGUUUUUUUUUUUUUUU